UGCGGAUUUGCUUCUUGCGUAGUCUGCUUGCGAAAAUUUAGCAAACCCAUUUGUAUGAAGUGCAAAAAACCUGUGAACCGUGCAACGUGGGUUUCUCUUUUGGGCAAAUCUCAUAAGAGCUUCGACAUUUUUUUUGCAGAUGAUUUUCUGCGACAGGAAAGGCUCAGCUGGACAUGGUAUUAUAACAGGUACAUGGAGGAACGUAGGCAGGCAUUGGAAGAUGAAUUUAUUCGACCUUCUUUAGUCGCUUCGGCAUUCAAUAAGAAACGUCAUAUCCCUCCUUUCCACUUUUUUUGUCCUUGUUCAUCAGUUGUAGGCAAGUCAGGAGCUUGUACUGGCUGUCGCAAGCUUUACUGUAUUUUGUGUCAAGAUGAAUGGAAUCCCAGCCAUGUAUGCAAGAAAGAAUCGCUUGAAUCCGUCAAAAUUCUAAAGAGCACUUGUACUCCUUGUCCGGGAUGUGGAGUUUGGAUCUCCAAGGAUGAGGGAUGCGAAAGAAUAUGGUGUAGAUUCUGCGGUGUUGUCUUCUAUUUUAACACAGGAAAGCCAGCUAUGUCUUUUCCUUUUUGGAACAGUUAUGUGCAGCCUAGGCUUCUUUCUGAAGAGAAGAAGCAACCUCCACCUGAAAUUGUUGAAUUCAUGCGCCGUGCAAGCUUUCUGACUUUCAUGUAGAUAAUUUUGUCAAAAAAAACCUGCAUUUGAAUCUCAAAGAAAAAAGAAUGAAAUAUG